GCAGGAGCGCUUUUGCUGCAGCGCUCCCGACGUCGUUGGUUGGUUGCCUGCUUGUGUCGGCUUCUUCCUUGGCAGCCGGGUCGGGUCGGAGCCGCCAGGACCAGUGGGUUCUUCCAGGUCUCCACUUCGCUUGCUUUCCCCCCUUCUCCAUCGCCCACUCCCGAAGGCUUUGGCGAGGCUCCAGUUGGGUCUGCUCCGGGAUCUCUAUGGAGCCCAAGCAUUAAGGGGACCGGGAGAGCCCGCAGCCUCGCCCCUCUCUGCCCCCCAACUGGGCACGCGGAGGAGGGUACAGCCGUCUUCGCCAACCUUAUCAGGAAAAGAGGGGGAGCAGGGGAUGCUGUCUCCGCGACGCCCCCCCACUUUGUUUCUGAAGAUCUGAGCAUCAAACGUGCUGUUCACUGAAGCAUGAGCUUUGGACAUGGCCACCCGCCGCUGCACUCGGAAGCCUUGGCUGGCCCCCGGCAUCUCUAGAAUGAUUUGGAAACAUCUUGUUCUCAUCUCCCUCUGGCUGCCAUCAUUUGUUUUGGGUGGAGCCUCCCCCACCUCCUGCCCAGCUGCUUGUUCCUGCAGCAACCAAGCCAGCCGGGUCAUCUGUACACGCCGGGAGCUGGUGGAAGUGCCCGAGAGCAUUUCAAUCAACACACGGUACCUCAAUCUGCAGGAGAACAACAUCCAGGUGAUAAAGACUGAUACUUUCAAGCAUCUUCGUCAUCUUGAGAUUUUACAACUUAGCAAGAACCUCAUUCGUAAGAUUGAGGUUGGUGCCUUCAACGGCUUGCCCAACCUCAAUACACUGGAGCUCUUUGACAACCGGCUAACCACUGUCCCCACACAGGCCUUUGAGUACCUCUCCAAGUUGCGGGAGCUAUGGCUGAGGAACAAUCCCAUUGAAAGCAUCCCUUCUUAUGCCUUCAAUAGAGUCCCUUCUUUGCGUCGUCUGGACCUUGGAGAGCUCAAGAAAUUGGAGUAUAUCUCAGAAGCAGCUUUUGAAGGCUUGGUCAAUUUGAGGUACCUGAACUUGGGCAUGUGCAACCUUAAAGAUAUUCCAAAUUUGACAGCCUUAGUACGGCUAGAAGAACUUGAGCUUUCUGGAAAUCGCCUGGACAUGAUCCGGCCAGGCUCCUUCCAAGGUCUGACUAGCCUUCGCAAGUUGUGGUUGAUGCAUGCCCAAGUAGCCACCAUUGAACGCAAUGCUUUUGAUGACCUUAAGUCAUUGGAAGAGCUCAAUCUCUCCCACAAUAAUUUGAUGUCCUUGCCCCAUGAUUUGUUCACCCCUUUACACCGCUUAGAACGUGUCCACCUCAAUCAUAAUCCUUGGCAUUGCAAUUGUGAUGUGUUGUGGCUCAGCUGGUGGCUCAAAGAGACAGUGCCCAACAACACUACCUGCUGUGCCCGGUGCCAUGCCCCACCAAACCUAAAAGGACGAUAUAUUGGAGAGUUGGAUCAAAGCCAUUUUACUUGUUAUGCCCCUGUUAUAGUGGAGCCUCCAACUGAUCUUAAUGUGACUGAGGGAAUGGCUGCUGAAUUAAAGUGCCGAACAGGGACCUCCAUGACAUCAGUGAACUGGCUCACACCCAAUGGCACACUGAUGACACAUGGAUCCUAUCGGGUACGCAUUUCUGUCCUUCAUGAUGGCACACUCAACUUCACCAAUGUGACAGUCCAGGACACUGGGCAGUACACCUGUAUGGUGACUAAUUCAGCUGGCAACACCACUGCUUCAGCCACACUCAAUGUCUCAGCUGUGGAUCCAGCCACUACAGGUUAUACUUACUUCACUACUGUAACUGUGGAGACUAUGGAUUCUGGCCAAGAAGAAUCAAUUCCCACAAAGAAGGAACCUGGGCCAACACCUUCCCAAGGCUGGGGCAUGACUUAUUCCACUACUUCACUGACUCCUCGCAGCACACGCAGCACUGAGAAGCCAUUUACUAUCCCAAUCACUGAUGUCACAGAAAAUGGCAUGAAAGAUUUGGAUGAUGUGAUGAAAACUACUAAGAUCAUAAUUGGCUGUUUUGUAGCCAUUACCUUCAUGGCUGCUGUGAUGCUCAUUGUCUUCUACAAACUUCGUAAGCAGCACCAGCUUCAUAAGCAUCACGGACCUACCCGCACUAUUGAGAUCAUCAAUGUUGAAGAUGAGUUGCCUGCAGCAGCUGGAGCUCCCGGUGACAGCCAUCUUGCACUUCCUGCCAUUGAGCAUGACCACCUCAACCACUAUGCUGCUUUCAAGGCUCACUACAACAACAAUAGUGGUGGUGGACCCCUCACGUGCUCCAAGAACCCCAUGCUCAAUUCCAUCCAUGAACCUCUUUUAUUCAAGAGCAGCUCUAAAGAAAAUGUCCAAGAGACACAGAUAUGACAGCCACAGCUUGAGGAAAAGGGGAGUGAUUCUGUGGUGGGAGGGCGGCAAUGGAUUAGUAUACGCAGUGAGGAACAUGUUGAGGAACAGCUCCUCCCUCCUCACUUUAAAAACAAACACAAACAAACACAGGUCUUUCCACCACCAUGGCAGAUCUUGGAUCCCAAGCCUCCACCAGUAGAUACCUUUGGUUCUCACCAAGUUAGCUUUUUAUGUUCUCUUCUUUUUUCCUUCUGCAAAACAAGACACUGCUCUCACCUUCUGCCUGAUCUUCCCUUUCUUUUCUUUUCUUUUUCUCUCCCCUUUCCUUUUCUUAUUUUUCUACCAUACUCCCUUUACAUUGGAGACUUUUUUUAUACAGAUGGGGCUGUUUCUGUAUCCAACUACCUGUUGUUUUACUUUGAAAUGAAUGAAAGAAAGAAAAGAAAAGGAACAAUGAAAGUGACAAAGAAGGAAGGGAGGACAUUUUCCUUUCAACGUCAUGAGAAUAAUCUUUAGGAAGAAGAAUAAAACAUAAAACCCAAGUGGAAUGGGAAAGGGAUUUUAAAAAAGUCUUAUUUUGAGCCGCUUUCCAUCAAAAUUCUAUUUUCAUCCAUUGGGAUAUACAAAUAAAUAAAUUAAAUAAAGAAAUGGGAGGUCAUAGUGGUGCCAGGAUCCCCACCCUCACCCCACCCCACAUUUGGAGCAUGUGGGGAUGCUGGGCACACAGGGUUUCUGGAAAUUUUUUAUGACUAGUAUUAUUACUAUGGGAAAGCAGGCACAGCCAAUGUGCUCCCUAGAGACACAGGGGUAUGGAGGUAUUUUUUAAUUUGUAAUAAUCUGGGGUGGGAAUGUUGGGUUUGAUGGGGGUUGCACUUCUGGCCUAAAAAAAUUGAAAAAGAAAAAAAAAGAAAAAAAAGGGCCUGUGGAUUCCCGUGACAUUUUGGGGUCUGGUCUGAGUUUCUUAUUUUAAUAAAAUCCAUAAAGAUGUUUCCAAUCCUCCCUAGGAUGGUUUUUUCAGUGGGGGGAAUAAAUGUGAGCUAUUAUUCAAAUGCAUAAAAUGCAUUUUAAGGAUGAAUUUUGGCAGCAGUACAAAUGUAUGUAGGGGCACGGGAAGGUAUAUGCUAGUACUUCUCUUUUACUUAAUCCCACUCUUCCUGUUCUGACCUUAUUAAGCUAAGCUACCAAGUCAUAAGAGUGUGUAUGUGGAUUGUGGGUUCUUGCGUUCACUUGAUUGCUUCGGGUGUUCCAUUUAUAUUCAAGAACUCAUGCGUAAAAUCCUCCUUUAAUUUCCGCCAGUUAAUGAAGAGGUCAUUGUCUGAAAAAGUAAGAUAGCACAUACUACAGAUUUUGGGAAUGGGGGCCAUCAUAUAUGGAUCCAUGAUUUUCUAUGCUUUCUUUGAACCAGGUUGGUCAUCACACAUGAAGUGGCCUAAUAUCAAUGAGGUAGAGAUGGAGAUGCUGCAACAUACACGAUUUCUCCCCAACACACAACAGGGGGGAUUCAACAGUUGUCAUUUAUACCAUUUUUGUCCAUAAUGUUGUAUAGUGUGAUCUCUGUGGAUAAAUCUGCUUUCUUAUAUGGAGACCCAAGGACUAAGCAUUUUAGGAAACUAAAACAAACAUUAUUACAUAUUAUGGUACUAUGGGAAACCACAGAGUCCCAGCCAUCAUUGCUAAUAGUCAUGGGAAGUGAAAGAUGUAGCCCAACAAUCUUUGAAAGAUCGGAUUUUUCCCACCCAUCAUGUGAGAAGAAAAGUUCCCACAUCUAAAGACUUCACAUUAUUUAAACUUCAACCAGAAGAAAGUAACAUAUGUUUUUUCAAUUAGAUAUAACAAGGCAAUCUGCUGCACCUUCACAAGCAUUGGGACUAUAGUUUCCAACAUUCCCAGUUGGAAAGCUGAACAUUUGGAGAAAGCUGUGAUAGAUAGGGAGACUGAGAACUUUCAAGCUUUCAUGGGAAAAUGCAUCGAAGAAAAGAUGGACAAAAACA